CAGCACUACCUAAAAGCAGGAAGUACAUUAGUGGAUCAUCCAUCCAAACCACAUGCAACUGAUACAGAAAAACAAAGCCUACAACAUAUUAUUUUGCGCCGAUGUGGAUUUUUUGAUGCACUGCUGAGGCGAGCAGCCGAAAACUGACAUCUACAUAUCGCCUGGACGCGUUUGGGCAAACAAGUAUGAGCAUGGGGCAGCAUCUUGGAAAACGUGAGCCACUUUCUGUUUCCAAGGGAUCCUCAACAGUAUCUGAACACAUCAAUUCAACGGACACGCCGGAGUCACAAGAUGAGGUAUUUGGACUGGGGGAGGCAGACCUCAACCAGAACAAUGGCUGCUCCAGCAAGAGUCCAGUGGUGACUGACUCCAUGAAUGCUGAAGUACAUCACAGCAGCUGGAACCAGCCGAACACAGUCGACCCUAAUGCCUCGGGGCCACGCCCACAUUUGGUCCGCCUCUUUUCGCGAGAUGCCCCAGGUCGCGAGGACAACACCUUCAAAGACCGUCCCUCGGAGUCUGACGAGCUGCAGACUAUCCACGAGCACGGCGGAGCCGGAUCAGAGUGCGAGUCCGAGGGCACCGAGUAG